AUGCGAUGCGCGAGCAAGGCCGCCGAGAGCGCGUCUGCACGUCUCUGUGCGGACGCCGAAGCAGAAACUACAGCAACUGAUGUCCCAUCGGUUGCUGAAUCGACUCAGCCUGUAUCACCUGGUGAUGCAGGCGCUGGUCAUGAAGACACUCGUGUCUUCACAGAGUACGAGCUCGGUGUCUCGUACUCUCCUGAUACGGAUGACGGAUCCGUAUCGACGGCAAUUGAAUCCAAGCCGCCUGCCAAGCGUGGCAUGGACGAUGCUUUGCGUCGCGGCAUCUUUGGUUCAUCUGAUGAGUCAGAUGAACCAUCGCCGAAGCGAAGGCGCUCGAGGUCGCGAGACUCGGGCGCUAAUAGUGGUGUCGGUUCUCCUAUUGACACCACUUCACAGCGAGGUGCCAGUACUUCUGUCGGCACGUCGCAGGAAGAGCGGGACCGCAAUGUGUUGCGUCUUGCUCCCGAGAAGAAGGCAUGGAUGCCUCCUAAAUCAGUCAUGGAUCACUUGUCGGCGACGACGAGUGAUCGUUAUCGAACACGAUUGUUCGAUUCGUCAAGGAUCCAUCACCUUGACCCCAGCGCGAAAAACUAUCGCGCUGAACAUGAAUUCUUCAUCGAUGCUUUCUUUAGACAUCGAUGGUACAGUGGGAAUCACAAACGUGAUGGUCCCUCACUACUUCAGGCGUGGAACGCCUACAUCCAUAACCUCGAGGAUGUAGGUCGUGACGCUUGGAACGACAAACUUAUCAAAGCUCGUGAUAAGUUUGAAAAGCGAAUCCCGACAGGUGCACGCUACAAGCUGCAUCGUCUGUCAAGGGAGAAGAGAUUACCCUGCCUCUCACGGGGGAGACUCGUGCCCAUGUUGUGUGAACAACUCUGCACGAGCACCUAA